GCAGCCUGGCUCCCUACCCGCCCAGGAGUGUGUCACUGUGUGCCAGUGAGAUUUUACUGCGUGUUGGUUGAUUGAUAAGAAAAACUUCGUUUGACAGACUUUAAAACUUCCAUUUCGAAGGCCGAUCAUUCGAAGAGAUCGUCCCAUAUAUUGGCGUGUUUGCUGACCAGCUCCUGGCGGCCGGGGGGCGACGGAGAGUGACAUGUCAGCAUCGGAGGCGACAGAGAACCCUCAAGGGGUGCAAUAUGUCUUGGACAUUCUUCAUAAAAGGCAAAGAGACUGGGAAUCUCAAAACUGGAUCGCAGCCGAGGUAGGCCGGCACCUCCAGCACCGCCUUCAGAAGAGCCACCCCUUCCUGCGCGGGGCCAAAUGGCAGCUCGUGGGCAGCGCCGCAGAGCACCUCAGCGUGUCCGAGGCUGACGACAAGGACCUCAUCUUCACUCUCGGUCCUCCGUACACGCCGCAGUUCUUCUCGGCUGUCUAUAUGGGGUCUGGACUGUACCAGUUAAAGUGGAACAAAUCCUUUUGGAAUGGCCAUCGUCCUCAACACCUGAAUUCUAGUGACUACCUUGUGGUUACGUCCCUAAGGAAACAGGCAUAUGAUUGCAUAAAUUCAGUCCUGGAGAAUAACCAUAUCUCAAGAUUGAAGGUAACAAAGGUGAUGUUGUGGAAACAGGCAGUGCGUGUGGUGCUGAGAGAUACGUCAACCAAAAAAAAACACAUAGUAGAUGUCAUAUUACAAAUAGCAGGAGGUCAGUGGAACAACAUCCAAGGAUUGACACAAUGGGGGAAUCUACCUCCAGCAUUACAAGAUGUGAUCACUUCUUUGGAAACCGCUGGCCAACCAUCGGUCUCCUUUGGUCUUCACGGGCCACCUGGGACUUCCAGCCUUACUGUUACUACCAGUUAUUCAGUUCUUGAAAGAGAAUUUUUCUUAGAGCAUAGCAAUGUUCGAAAUGCUGUACUGUUAGCCAAAGUCAUUAUAUCGGGCCAUAAUUGGAAGAACAAAUUUGGACUCAAGGGCGCCCAUGUCAAGAGACUUGCCAUGAAGCACUUCUUGGUCCUCAGACACUGUUUACCAUGGCCUGGAAUGAAGCUGUUACUGCAGGUGAUGGUGGACCAGCUUCAGAGCGGUGCUUUAGAGGGCUACCCAGACUUUGAUUCAGACCUCUUUUGGCAGAAGACUGAUGAACAAUGCCAAUAUAUUGCUAAAAUUGUGCAAAGUGUUAUGCUUACACUUGUUCCAAAUUUCCUGGCCAAUUACUUGUAAUUUUUCAUACAUGAAAAUUACUUAUAUAGUAAAGAGAAAGAAAGUUGAGCUUAUUGUUUGUAACUAUUGCAGAUGUUUUGGUUUCAGUAACUUGAGGGAUUAUGCUUCUUCUUUGUUAGUAUUUAAAAGGUUAAUUUUAAAUCAUCAUAGUUGUCCCUUAAACUAUGUAAAUCAUUUAACUAUUCUAUCAAUGUUAAAUUCCUGUACCCAUCUCAGAAGUGGGUAAAAGGUCAAGCAUCUUUGUGCCACAAAACAAUAGGUGUUGCAUCCAGAAUAAUAUGCUGAAGUCAGUAGAUAUCCUAAAUGGAAUGUUGAAACUAAAUAUAACCUUGUGUAAUACAGUAUUUAGUUAUUUUUAUUAUUAAUGCAUGAUUAAAACACCAGUUCUCUGAAAAUAAAAACAAAUUUAAGAUUUUUCAAUAAAAUAUAAUUUUCUGA